GCGGGGCUGGCUCGCGGGGUAUCACAUAAAUCGCGUGGUUCAGGUGUGCCACGAAACAGUGCGAUGAUCACGUGUCGGCGACUUUCAUCUCACCUCCGGCGCUAGUACGCCGCUGGUAGAUCAAUGGACACAGACAUUGACAGCCCUGGAGAUCAUGUAACGGGUACUGGAGAUCAAGCUAUCGAACGACAUCGUCCAUCGUCCUCCAACAGGCAAACAAACAUACCGACUCGAUCGAAAAGCUUCUGAUACACUGCAUCUGUGCCGCCUACCGUUGCCACCAGUCCACACAACUUUGCAGGUCCGGCAACAAUCAUCAUCGACAAAAUGUUUCGCUCGCUGCUUCGACUGCCCGUCAACAGGAGUUUGCGCAUCCCUUCAAUCCGAGCGAACUCGACAUAUCAAGCACCCACUCCGCAACCCCAAUCAAAUCCGCAUCGAGACUUCUAUCGCGGACUGGGUCGGCCAGUCGCAUACAAUGUCCUCGUCUCUCUCGCGACUUUUCAGGUCAUAUACUGGUCUUGGCUGAAGCUCGAGAGCCUGGAGGUCAAGCAGAAUGCCAACGGGGAAGUGCAAGCUUUGGAGGAAGAGUUGGAGGGGUUGGCUGCCAAGAAGACAAGCUCUGAUGCGAAGUGAUCGCGCUUCGGACGCGUUAUGAAGACUGGUUAUUACUGAUUAUUCUCCGCGGAGAGGCCAAGCGGAGUGACGGGAUGACGAAGAUCUUCAUCAACAGUCGGCGCCGGUCACGGUCGAUGAAAGCGUCGUGGUCAUGUCAUGUGCCUUCAUUGAUUCCAACAACCACGACGUUUGGCGCUCGGGCGACUCCAUCAGGCCAGGCUGACAGGGCCUUGAGUGGGAAUUGAGCCGUUCAGAGUGAUCCUGUAAACAACGCACGGUCGGAUGAGUCCACCUCAAGACCAACUUUUUUCAAUCGUCAUCAUCAUCGUCAUCGGGCGGCGAUUGUAGACCAUUCUCGAUCCAGGAGCACGAUGAGAACCAUGAUGCAGGAGAAAAAAUGU